GCUGCCUACAAGGGAUUCUGCCCAGACAUCUUCGGAGUUCUCUUCGAGUGGCUCGAGCUGUCGAGGGGGAAGCUUUGCGGGAAACCGUUCUUCUACUUCGAACAGGGCCUGAUCGUGGCCAGAUAUGAGACGGUCGGCAACUACGAGGGCAACUGGCCCCGCAUAGCGAAGGCAUGGAAGGAGGAUUCCAUCUUGGGAAGCGUCUUUACAUCGUUUCUCAUGUUGCUGCUGUUCGUUUGGGGCAUGCUUAUUCUAACCGAGUUUCGGACGAUCUAUAACCACUUGUUCGUGCUGUACUACAUGCCCUCCACAGAUGACGACAACAAGCUUUUCGUCCAGUCGGAGGAUGGGAAGGCCAUGCAGAUCGUGGCAGUGCCGCGGAGCCACAAGUACUUCGUGCUCUAUGUGGUGAUUCUCUCGCGUUUUCUGAUCGCGUUGGUGGUCUUCUAUGUUGGGACCAACUUCUUGACUGCGAGCGCAAGCUUGCUGGAGAUUGUGCUGAACAGUACGGCGUUGGGCUUCCUGCUGGAGGUGCAAGCGGGGUUUUGGGGCAUCUGGGCGGGCUUGGGCAGGUUAGAGAAAUUCGGAAGUCUGUCACUUUGGAGAUCCUGCACGGGUCCCACCUGCUGGGACUGCGCAUGGCCGAUGUAG